AUGCACGAGAUAUUAUUCAUAGCAAAAAAAUAUUCCCUACUAUCGCCUGACCUAAUACUGAUAUUUUUACAAAUUCGAUUGAAAAACCCGGAGGUAUUACGGUCCAUGGGGCCGAGGACCUCGAUACAAAUCGGUAAAAACUCCAUCGAGGGGAGAGCUCCGUCGUACUUUUUGAUCUUUUCGUCAGAUGCCCUGGUUGCAGCCAAACCGCUUUCUUUGCUAGGCCACCCGCAGAGCACCCUCAAAUUUGCCCAAAAUGGCCGCAUUAACAAAAUUGGAUGUGCGAAAAAAUACAUCAAUUUCGGCAAACUGAGGGCGCCGCGGAUGAUUGUCAGCGCGUCGUGGACCGGGAGGAGAGAGACACACAUUACACACGACACCAGACACAACAACACAAACAACAAUCCGAUAAUGCGCAACGACAUUCGCAUGCCUAACCUACACUUUCGUUUACUGGACAGACAACAAGACCCGACAACAACGACAAUAGCCACAACAACGACAACGAUGCCCAAGUCUAAUUGUGGCCGCUUGACAGCCCUCUUCGCGGUCAUCAUGCCCACCCUCGGACUCCUUACUCUACUUCUCAUCAUUGCACUCCUACACAAGCAGCUAUGUUGUAAACAUGAAAUUAGAGCAGAUUGUACAAUUAAUCGCAAGCAAUUGCAGACAUAA